AUGGCUAAAAAUUUGAAAGUUUGCAGUGUUGCUUGUAAGCUGUCGUUGGAAGAUCUGCAAGCACUGUGCCGGAGACAGAAACUUGUUUGCAAGCAGUUAGCUGUGACGAAAAGCAACUUUAAUGACUUUGAGGUUGAGUACCUUUGUAACUAUAAAAAAGUUAAGGUGAGUGAGCAAAGUCAGGGCCGUGAGUACUUCUUGGUGAAAUGGAAGGGCUACUCCGAGUCUGAGAAUACAUGGGAGUCACGGAGAAACUUGAAAUGCCCCAAAUUGUUGAGGCAGUUCUUCAGAGACACGGAAGAAGCACUGGCCAAGGUGAAGAAUCACCGAGAUCUUACGGCACUGGACAGUGAUGUUGCCUCUUUCGUGUUGCAGAAGGCCAAACAGCGAGUCAGGCUCAAACACUGGGAGGCCCUUCUCAAUCAGACCAGCAGGCACAAAGGCCAUAUUUCUGUAAUAAAUGAGGUCGACUUAGAGGGACCACCCAAAGACUUUGUCUACAUCAGUGACUACAAGGUGGGGGAGGGGAUGGAGAUCAACCAGGUGACGGUGGGUUGUGAGUGUGAGGACUGCCUGGGUCACCCUGUAAAAGGCUGCUGUCCAGGGGCUUUCCAGCACCGUCUGGCCUAUACAGACAGGGGCCUCGUCCGUCUCCGCCCAGGCAAGCCCAUCUAUGAAUGUAAUUCUCGCUGCCUUUGUGGGCCAGACUGUGCCAACAGGAUUGUGCAGAGGGGCAUUCAGUACAACUUGUGCAUCUUCAGGACAGCCAACGGGCGUGGCUGGGGCGUGCGGACCUUGGAACGCAUCCCCAAGAAGGCCUUCGUCAUGGAGUACCUUGGAGAGAUCAUCACAACAGAGGAGGCUGAGAGACGUGGUGAGAUCUAUGAUCGGCAGGGAGCUACCUACCUGUUUGACCUGGACUAUGUAGAGGAUGUGUACACUGUGGACGCAGGUCGCUAUGGCAACAUCUCCCACUUUGUCAACCACAGUUGUGACCCGAACUUGCAGGUAUAUAAUGUUUUCAUCGACAAUGUGGACGAGCGCCUACCCAGGAUAGCAUUGUUUUCAACGCGCGCAAUUAAAGCAGGAGAAGAGCUCACUUUCGACUACAAAAUGCAGAUUGAUCCACUGGAUGCAGAGAGCGCAAAAAUGGACUCCAAUUUUAGUCUGGCUGGUUUACACAGCUCACCCAUGAAACCGAUUCGGAUGGAAUGCAAAUGUGGAGCUGAGAACUGCCGAAAGUAUUUGUUUUAGAACAGGUGUUUAGAGUUUUGUAGGAAAGCACAGGGGUU